CUCCUCAGCUCUACAAAAGCGGGAACAUAAAUUAGAGGCUUUCUUAAUGUGCAUGUAACCUACUGGAACACAACAUGAUUUGGCUUUAAGUGUUGUUUCCACAGAUGUUAGAACUAUCACUGAAUCUAAUUUGAAGAUACACAACUGAGGACCGUAGCAGACUGAGAUUCCACACUCUUCUGGGGGAACUAAUCGGCCGUAUUCUUACUGGAGGAAACAAACAGGUGAAAUAUGAUGAAUGCUCUGGGUUUUGGUCUUCUUUUUUUGCUCCUCUGGCCUGAGCCUGCAGAGGCUCAGUUCCCUCGAGUGUGCUGCACAGUCGAGGGGAUCGUGUCCAAGGAGUGCUGCCCCGCUCUGGGCUCAGAUCCUGCCAAUGUGUGCGGCUCUCUGUCGGCGAGAGGAAGCUGCUCGGCUGUUAGAGUCGACAGCAAACCCUGGGGAGGACCGUACCGACUGAGAAAUGUCGACGACAGAGAGAGGUGGCCGACCAAAUUCUUCAAUCAGACUUGCAGAUGUGCUGGUAACUUUGCAGGUUAUGACUGUGGUCAGUGCAAAUUUGGCUGGACCGGACCAAACUGUGACCAGAGGAAAGCCCCUGUGCAGCGGAAAAACAUCCACUCCCUGACCCCCGAAGAGCUCCAGGAGUUCCUCAAUGUCCUGGAACUGUCUAAGACCACCACCCACCCAGACUACGUCAUUGCCACCCAGCAUUGGCUGGGACUACUGGGACCAAAUGGAACUGAGCCCCAGUUUGCCAACAUCUCCAUCUACGACUUCUUUGUGUGGCAACAUUACUAUUCUGUCCGAGACACUCUUCUGGGCCCCGGACGUCCGUUCAAAGCUAUUGAUUUCUCACACAAAGGACCAGCAUUCAUCACCUGGCACAGGUAUCACCUCCUCAGUUUGGAAAGAGACUUACAGAGAUUGACCGGCAAUGAGAACUUUGGGAUCCCCUACUGGAACUUUGCCACGGGGCAACGUGAGUGCGAUGUUUGUACCGACUCUAUGCUGGGGGGCCGAAACCCAGACAACCCUUCCCUCAUCAGCAACCAGUCCAGAUUCUCCAGCUGGGGGGUCGUAUGUAACAGUUUGGAUGAGUACAAUCGCCUGGUGACUCUUUGUAAUGGCACCAGUGAGGGCUCCAUUCAGAGAGGGAUAAUGGGGGGAGGUAACAUGUCUCUGCCCACCAUGACCGACGUCAGAAGCUGCCUUGGAAUCAGAGACUUCGAUAGCCCUCCUUACUUCACCAACUCCUCUUUUAGUUUUAGGAAUGCUCUUGAGGGGUAUGAUAGACCAGAUGGAGAACUGGACGAAUCCAUCAGUAACCUUCACAACCUCGUCCACUCCAUGCUCAAUGGAACCAGCGCUUUGUCUCACUCUGCAGCUAACGACCCCAUCUUUCUGGUGCUCCACGCUUUCACUGAUGCCAUUUUUGACGAGUGGAUGAGACGGUUCGCUCCAUCCAACGCUACCUUCCCAGAUGAGAUGGCCCCCAUUGGUCACAACAGGCACUACAACAUGGUUCCCUUCUUCCCUCCGAUCACCAACGAGGAGAUAUAUGUUACAUCUGAGGAGCUGGGAUACUCUUAUGCCAUUGCCCUGGAUGAUGCAGAUGGAGGGCCGGCUGCGUUUGUGCUGGGCUCCACUCUGGGGGGAGUCUUCAUUGGUCUCCUGGUGCUUCUCCUUAUCUUUGUGCUCUACCUGCGUCAACGGAGAAACAGAGGCUUUGAACCCCUGAUAAAAGCAGACUUCACAAACAGAAAGUACACAGAGGAAGAAGCCUAGAUUUUCUUUGUUGUUCUGGAAAGUGCUUCAAUACUUAUACAUACCCGAGAGAGUUAGGCCCUACUGCAAGAGGAAAAUAUGAAUCCUGUACAGGGACACCAUUUUAGAUAUUAAAUCUUAUUUCAUAUAAAACAAAUAUGCAUUUAAAAAUAUUAAUAGAAAUGUCCCAAGACCAACCAGAAUGAAUGUAUACUUUAACUGGUUAAGUAGCCUUCAUUUUACUACACAAAUAUACAAUACGGAUCUAUUGGAAUGUUUUAAUAAAUAUUUAUUCUCAAUAACAGUAACAAAACACAAAUGUAAUCACCUCAAUUGCACUGGAAAACCAUAAGGCAUAUUUGCUCAACUAGUUCUUCUCCUCUCUUAGUUUGAAAUUAGAUUCAAACACCAAACAAACGUCACCUCAUUAGGAUUUCACUUCGCACAGAAAUGCAUUGAUUGCGAAAAAAAUGUUGAUUUAUAACCUCAGAUAAUUCGUCUCACCAGACACCCAUUUUCAAUAUUUUAUUGCAAAAAUAUUACCAAUAAAAGUUCAAUGAUACAAAACAUAAAAAGGGCAUCCUGCGAGAUCAAUAUUCAUAAUAAAGAAUCCUUUUAAAUGACACCUUUGACAUAUUUUCUCUACAUUUUUUGUUCGUGCAAUGUGGAUGUAAACGCAGACUUAAAUGCAAUAAAGAAACGCUCAACAAAUAUUUACUGAUAUACUGCGAAGGGCAUAACACUAGUUAAUUCCUUGGAUGUGUAAGCUUAGCUGGCCUGUUCUUAUGGAGCCGACGGGCUCUCAGAGAACAGUGGACGUACAUACAGGCUGGUUUUGUCCGCCCCCCUCAGCAGUGCCAGGCCUCUCACAUUCUCUGUAAGUACGCUCUACUGAGGAGCUUCACUGAAGCAUUCAGGCCUGUCCGGUCUCCACAGAUUCUCAUUUCACAGGUGACUGUGGUCGGCUUCCAGUCUGUCUGUGCUGCAGACACAACCAUUCAAGCUUUACAGAUACAUCUAGGGGCCCUUUCUUUGCAUUUCCUGUAACCACUGUGAGCUGUUUGCAACUUCCUCUCUUAAUAAUUCCCCCACACUUUAAAUACUUGUGGUAAUACAUUUGCAGAAAUAGCAACACGUAACUUUUUAUUCCUGCCUGACAGUAUUUCAGUUUCGUAGUUUUUUUAAACACUACAAUGAAUUUUAACAGCUAUAUCAUCCAAACUUUGAUAGCUAUUACAGGAUAAGCUCUGCAGAGUCAAUCACGCAUGCAAAAGUGGCACCUUUUUUUGUUCCUGUAUGCAAAUCAAGAAUUCCUGGAACUUCUAAAAUGUGUAAUACUUGUGGAAAUACUUGGAGACUAUUCUGAGGAUGCAGAAGAAAAAAAGUUAGGCUCCAAUUACUGGAAAUGAGUAUAUCUGUGAUGGUGAUUCUGUAUUGAAAGGGUGUGCUUUUCAUGCUGCAAUGUCUAUUUACACAUUUAUAGACCAUGGUCAUGAUUUUCAAUUACUGUGCCUUUAUAAAGCUUUCAAUGUCCACACA